AUGCCACGUCCUAAGCGUACCUGUCCCCCUAUGGGUACUCCGAAUAGCAAACGUAGGGAUCAAAAUCCAGACCCAGACGGCUUGCUUCGCUCAAUUAAGGACAUGCUCACCCAUGAUUCCUCCGAAGUUCUCUUCUCAGUCGGAGGCAAGAUCAACCUGACCAGCGAUCCCGAUACCACCCAUGAAAAGAGGGAUCCGGUAACAUUUCGCUGGGACUCUGGGCCUCACGGAAGCCAUGUUAAAAAGAUAUCCUUUCCUGUUGUCGAAACACAGGUCGCAGUGACGGAUUCUUUGGCCCAUCUCUUGAAGGAUUGCGAGCCAGCAAGCUUUGGCCGCGGUAAUCAGGAAUUGAUUGAUGAGGGGUACCGCCAGGCUUCCACGCUGGAUAUCCAGAAAUUCUCGUCUGACUACUCCCCGUACGAUAAUCGGGUCAUGGAGAAAGUCAGCCAGGCUCUGGCAUUCCGCGGCGUUGCUGAUAACAGUCACCGCGGUCUCCGGGCUGAGCUGUACAAAAUGAAUAUCUACUCCGCGCCCUCGGGAAUGUUCAAGGCGCACGUGGAUACACCUCGCUCGGAGCACCAGAUGGGGUCGCUUGUGGUUUGCCUCCCAACUCCGCACGAAGGCGGCGAGCUUACUAUUCGGCGCCAAGGUCGGCAGAACGUCUAUAGCUGGGGACCCUUAAGUACGUCACACAUCCAAUGGGCAGCAUUUUACUCCGACGAGGAACACGAAGUCGGUAAGGUCACCAAGGGGCAGCAUGUGACGCUCACGUACAAUUUAUACUGGGUUUCAUAUGGCCCGGCGAGCAUGGAGUGUCUCAUUGGCGAAGACCUCGGUUUAUUAUCGUGGGUUGCGAAACUUGAUGAACUCACCAAAUGCAAAGUAUACCUCAAAAAUUUAGGUAGACUAGGCUUCCAUACUAUUCAACACUACCCGCACUCUGCAUCAGCCGCAGCCAGGGGCAACAUUGAAGAGCAGCUCAAGAGACUUGACAUGUUGGUUUUCCAAGCAUUUAAGCGCUUAAGCGGUAAUGUACGGGUCACCGCUGUGGUUGAUGGCACUGCGCAUGAAGAAAAAUGCAGAUAUCAAGAGCGCGAUAGCAGCUCCGACCAAAAUACGGGAAACGACUCCAAAGAACGCAAAGAUUCCGAAGGUUUUUCUUCCGAAUCUCCACCAGACACUGGUAAGUACUAUGUAGGCAAAGGCCUCCACUCGCCCUUCCUGGAAGAUCAACUUGCAGACGAAGAAGAAUGGCCAUCUCCAGGGCAGUUUGGGAAGAGAUAUGAUUUCCAGCAGAGGACUUGGAGUGAAGCGUGGUAUAGUGGCAAGAAGGUCAUAUGGCUCAACAGAGAGCCUAACUAUGGUAGCAAGGAGUUUGCGAUGGCAACUAUCGUGACAGGAAAUGAGCCUACAACUCGGGCUUACUAUUCGACGGCAGCAAUCAUUGCCGAAUUCGUCUGA